UGCUACUGCGCAUGUAUGUUGCAUGACAGGUACACGCGAGGCUCCAUCUUGGCAUCCCUUCACCAGUGCAAUAGAGCAGUGCAAUAGACAUUCCGUUUAGAUAAUUUUAAUAACAUAGCUAAUACGAGAGUAUUGUAAUGAACACUAAUCCAACAGGCGCGAACCGGGCUCAGUAAGAAAACGACGAGCAGAAUGCGAUACAGCAGGCGGCGGCAGGUCAUGACGACGCUUUAACGACCGAUCGCACUGUCAGCGCUAUUCAAUCUCAUCCGUGGGAAAACUGUGGGAAAAGCGUUACCGUAUUAAAAUGGCUUUGCUGAGUUGUUGUAAUAUGAAGGUGCAAAAGGUGAUCUUUUUAUUGCUUAUCAUCUGUCUGUGGAUGGAAGGAGGGUUCACCAAAGAAAAAUCAACAAAGAAGGGAAAGAAGAAAGGAAAACAGGUUUACUGUCCUUCGCAGCUGUCAUCAGAGGAUCUGGCACGGGUUCCUGCAAACUCUACUAGUAACAUCCUUAACAGACUUUUGGUCACUUAUGAUCCAAGGAUCCGGCCUAACUUCAAAGGUAUUCCUGUAGAGGACCGCGUGAACAUUUUUAUCAACAGCUUUGGGUCCAUCCAGGAGACAACCAUGGAUUAUCGUGUGAAUAUCUUUUUGAGACAGCGCUGGAACGACCCCAGACUCAGGCUUCCUCAGGAUUUCAAGUCCGAUUCGCUCACUGUCGACCCCAAGAUGUUCAAGUGUCUAUGGAAGCCUGAUCUUUUCUUUGCCAAUGAAAAGAGUGCCAACUUUCAUGACGUUACUCAGGAGAACAUCCUGCUGUUUAUCUUCAGAAACGGAGACGUCCUCAUCAGCAUGAGGUUGUCAGUUACCCUCUCUUGUCCACUUGACUUGACCCUCUUCCCUAUGGAUACUCAACGAUGCAAAAUGCAGCUUGAGAGCUUUGGCUACACCACAGAUGACCUGCAGUUCAUGUGGCAGUCUGGAGACCCUGUGCAGAUGGAAGAAAUUGCUUUACCUCAGUUUGAUAUUAAACAAGAGGACAUUGAAUAUGGCAACUGCACUAAGUUUUACUCAGGGACAGGCUACUACACGUGCGUGGAGGUGAUCUUUACUCUGAGGAGGCAGGUGGGCUUCUACAUGAUGGGUGUGUAUGCUCCCACCCUGCUCAUUGUCGUGCUGUCCUGGCUUUCCUUUUGGAUCAACCCUGAUGCCAGCGCCGCUCGAGUGCCUCUGGGGAUCCUGUCAGUGCUUUCUCUCUCCUCUGAGUGCACCUCUCUGGCCUCUGAACUGCCCAAGGUCUCCUAUGUAAAAGCUAUUGACAUCUGGCUGAUUGCCUGUUUGCUUUUUGGCUUCGCCUCUCUGGUCGAAUACGCUGUAGUACAGGUGAUGCUUAACAGCCCUAAACGCUUGGAGGCAGAGAGAGCAAAGAUUGCCUGCAGGGAGAAGGCAGAGGGAAAGACCCCUGCCAAAAACACCAUCAAUGGCAUGGGGACCCCGAUACACGUCAGUACGCUUCAGGUGACAGAAACAAGGUGUAAAAAGGUAUGCACCUCCAAGUCAGAUUUGCGCUCCAAUGACUUCAGCAUCGUGGGCUCGCUGCCACGAGACUUUGAGCUAUCAAACUUCGACUGCUACGGCAAGCCCAUCGAAUGUGGCGCUGCCAAAGCGCAAGCCAAGAACAACAAGAAGCCGCCACCCGCUAAACCCGUCAUACCCUCGGCAGCCAAACGCGUUGAUCUUUAUGCUCGUGCACUCUUUCCAUUCUCCUUCCUGUUCUUUAAUGUCAUUUACUGGUCCGUGUAUUUGUGAUUGUGUUGAAUUUAACCUGCUUUCAUUCAACCAGCAUUAUCUUUCUCCUCGUACAAUGUGUACCUCAGGCAGAGCUAUUUCACAGCCGUAUACAGAGAUAAUCUAUGGGAAGUUUUAUAACAUGAAAACAUUUUUGAUGGAACAAAGCAUUUGCUCGAACCAUUGCUUAAAUUUGAAAUUUGCUAUAUUUAACUGUUGCACAAAACAGAGCAAAAUUAUCUUGCAUGUGGAAAUGGAAUAUAUGAAAUUAUAUAUAGUAUCUAAAAUAUAUAAAUUACUUAUAUAUCAGCUGGUAACAUGAUGGUUGUAACAUGAUUUGUACUGAUAUCCACUGCCAUAGGAACUCUUCCUAAUACAAGCAUUCCAAUAACAAACGAGUGUAAAAAGCAGAGAAAACCCAAACAUUUUGUGUGCUUGUGAAAACGACUGUCAAUAAAUAGCCUAAUGGCUCAGCUGACCUCA